AUGCCAUUCUGCGCCCCCCGGAGGAAGCGAACGGCUGAAUCCGGAUGCCUCUCCGAAAUUUAUAAGGGCCAUCACCAUCGAAGAGGUAAGGUAGCCGUCAAGAUGGCCAACAUCACUCGGGUAAGGGUUUCUAUUUUCCCUCUCCAGGAUGAGGAGUCAGUCUGCCGAGAGGUAAACUUUCUCCUGAAGUUCAGCAGGCACAGGAACAUCGCCUCUUACUAUGGAGCUUAUUACCACCCUGCUCCAAACGAGGAGUCAUCGGAGUAUCUGGAGCUUGUCCUUGAGUACUGCAGCGGCGGCUCCCUGUACGACCUGAUCGACAGCACCGAAGGCCAAUCCCUGAAGGAGACCUGGAUUGGCUAUGUCUGCAGGGAGGUAUUGAAGACUCUCAACCACAUCCACAACCACCAGGCCGUUCACAGGGACAUCAAGAGCCCCAACGUGAUGCUCACCAAGAAGGGGAACAUCAAACUCAGUGAGUAAAACUUAUAGUUGUAAGAUGAAUGGAUGGGGGGGAAGCUUCUGUGGAUAUAAAGUACAGAGGGUAUCAUGAUACAGAUUUUUAUCUUAUUGCCCUUAAAAUGAAUUCAUUUUCCAUUUAUAUGUUUAUUCUGUCAUUUCAGUCGAUUUCGGACUCUGCUGGGACCUGGACCCACAGACAGGGAAGUGCAACCAGGCUGAUGGGACUGCUCACUGGAUGGCACCCGAGGCCUUUAGGAGGAGGGACAGGGAACCGGAAUUCGACACCAAAGUAUGUUGUAGGAGCAGUAGGAGGACCC